GUCAGAUUUAAUUGAUUUUAGGUUAUACACAUCAGCUCCGGAUCCAUAGAGUGGAAUUGGGAGAGAUAUAGAUGUAGAGAUGUCAGGCUUCCCCCACCAAUUUCUACAUCCUCAGGGACACUCAGUUCCUCAAGACCAACAACAGACCCCGUCUUCCGAUUCUAAAGACUCUCAAGAUGGCUCUCCCAAGCUCGAUUCAGACACCGCUGCCACCAGUUCAGGAGGAGGCGCUGCAGCUACAACCUCAACUCGUCGCCCCCGUGGCCGUCCUGCUGGAUCCAAAAACAGACCUAAACCUCCUAUUAUAGUCACCCGCGACUCCCCAAAUGCCCUCCGAUCCCAUGUUCUGGAAGUUUCCAACGGCAACGACGUGGUGGAGAGUGUCACAAUUUAUGCUAGGAGGAGAGGAAGAGGAGUUUGUGUUCUUAGCGGCUCCGGGACGGUCAUAAAUGUUACCCUAAAACAGCCAGCGGGAGCAAGUGUAGUGACUCUGCACGGGAGAUUUGAGAUACUUUCACUGACUGGGACGGUGCUCCCACCUCCAGCGCCGCCUGGUUCGGGAGGGUUAUCGAUUUUCUUAUCAGGAGGACAGGGACAGGUGGUUGGAGGCAGUGUGGUGGGGCCGCUGGUGGCUUCAGGUCCGGUGCUAUUAAUGGCUGCAUCUUUUUCUAACGCGGUGUUUGAGAGAUUGCCCUUGGAUGAAGAGGAAGGAGGAGAGCAGGUUCAGCCUUCGGUUUCGCAGGCUUCAGGUGUGACGGCAAGUGCACAGGGUGGCGAUGGUGGAGGUGUUUUUAAUAUGGGAGGAAAUCAUCCGUUCCCGAGUGACUUUUUUGGAUGGGGUGGAAGUCUUCCUCGGCCUCCAUUCUAGCUAGCUAGGUACGUAAUUUGAUGGGAUUUUGAAGGAUAUAAUAUAGAUCGGAGGAGUUUCAGAAGCAUUAAUUGGUGCACACUGCAGCUGGUAUUGAAAAACUGCUUGAGCCAGCUGUUGGCAAGAUGUGAACAAGUUAAAGCGAUCCCUGCUCAAAAUGAACGUGUACAAAGAGUCUACCAUGCAGGCUAACAACAGCCGAUGUUAGAAGUGGAUCAAUUCUUGCAGGCAAGCUCACAAUCUGCAGAUAAUACCCAAUUCAGGUGAAGAAAGUCUUUUCCAUGUUUUCCCAGAUGCUACAUAGAAUGUAAUAAUAAUAUUAAAUCAUAAAUGCUAUU